ACUACAAAACGUGGACCAUCACUAUGAGAUUCUCUCUACAUGUUGGCUUCUUUGUCCUGUGGCUGAACAUGGACGUUUCAUUAUCACAGAAUGAGUCUGCAGGCUGUGAGAGCCCACCGCCUCUUAAAGAUGGAGACAUCAAGUACACCAUGAAAAGUCAGUACAGCCAUAAUGAACGGGUUGAAUAUGUGUGUCAGCCGUUUUACAUCAUGGAGGGAGUGCCUUACAGGACCUGCAACAAUGGUGAAUGGAUCGGAGAGCUGAGAUGCCUCAGACCCUGCACUGUGAAUGACGACGACAUGAGGCAGAAUAACAUUGCAUUCAAAUAUUAUGAUAAGAAAAAGCUCUAUUCAACCCAUAAUGAUGUAAUCGAGUUUAAAUGUACCAAAGGACGACCUCUUGGCACAAUGCGUCAGAGGUGUGAUGAUGGUGUGAUGCUCCUGCCCACAUGCCAAUGAGAGUUUUUAUUGACAGGCAGCAAUUAUCAAUCAUUUGACUUAUGAGAACUACAGGUAACCCAUUUAAUAUAUGAUGAAGUGUACUGUGGUGCCCUGUGAUUUUAUUUACUGCUUGUCUGUUAUGUGCAACCAAGAAAAAUGAGGUUUAAACUGUGCUCGCCUGUUUGUAGUGUCAAGACCAUUACAAAUAAAAAUACAUGAAUCAAA